AUGGAUUCGAGUUUGUACGCCGUUGAAGAAGAACACGACACGAUGUCAACUUUGUAUCCCGACGAUGAACCGGAAACCUUCAUAACCUUCGAGCCAAUCUACAGAGACAACCAACACACGGCCGACGAUUACGACAAGAAUCUCCGUAGAAACCCUAAAUUUCUGUUCGAUUUUGAAGUGCUUUACACGAGAGUCCCUGAACCAGAUUCAGACGGAGACGACGAUCUUGAUUUCGGCUACUUAGAAGAACGAACCGUUCAUCAGACUCGCGAGUUCGAUAAAGACUGGCUCAUCGGUGGCGAUAGGGAUCAGAUACAAGACACCGUGUGUCAGAUUCUCGAUAUGAUCCAAGUCCCUGCCUACAGAGAUAUCGUUCAUACGUUAACUUUGGAUAUCUUGGAUUUGAAGAAACUUGAGGCGUUGUCUGAUUCACCUGAGGUUGAAAGGGUAAGAGUGGAUAUUGAGGUGAUUGUCCGGAGGUUUCCCGAUGUAGCGGUGGCUCCGAAAAGCGAUGAAGCGGUGGAGAAACAGUUGCAACCAGAAAGAACCAGGAAUCGAAUAAUCAAUACAGUAUUAUAUAUCUUUAAUUUGAUCUAG